AUGCGGUCCCUUCGAUAUCUCCUCCUCUGUUCUGCCCUCGUCUUCUGUCUCGAUGCCGCAGCGAUCCAAGAUCCUGUGGUUGCGCGACAAAAUGGGAGCCCAUCUUCCCAGCCGUCUGCGAGUCCUACACCCUCCAAGGCCGAGUCCUCACAAGCGUUAUCGGCCGCUACGUCCUCUAUAAAUUCGUCGGUGAAGGAAUCUCAAACCGCUCGCCCAUCCGAGCAAGCUUCUCAGGCCUCGAGCAAUGCCGCCGCCAGUUCCUCACAUUCAUUGCCUCCAAGCACUGUCAUCCAAGCGCCCGUGAUAACCGCUUCCAAUGAACCCUCGCCAUCCAAUGCUGGUGCAGCAAAAUCAAUGAACCCUCUUCCCAUUCAGCCAAAGAUCACCCCCGCUAUGGGAGUAACGGGGGCGAUAUUAUUGAUAUCUGGACUUGUAUAUACCGUUAUUGGUAUCAAGAACAAAUGGCUAUACAUCUUCUUCUCCUCAGCGUAUUUAACCAGUCUCUCUGUCACGGUACUCAUCGUGUAUCUUAUGAGCCCACCAGUGACAGACGCCGUGCAAGGGGCCUUCUUCGUUGCGGCAUUCUUUUCAGGCUUAAUCUUUGGUGCCUUGUCACUCGUCUUUUCAGACAUUACUGAUGGUCUAGGCUGCAUGCUAGGUGGAUUUUGUCUUAGCAUGUGGUUCCUGACCCUCAAGGAAGGCGGUUUGAUUGCUUCAACAACCGGCCGUGCUAUUUUCAUUGGCGCCAUGAGUUUCGCCGGCUUUUCCUUGUCUUUCAGUCACUAUACACGUACUUACGGCCUGAUUUUCUCAAUAUCAUUCUCAGGGGCAACAAUCACGGUGCUUGGUAUCGACUGCCUUAGCCGCGCAGGUUGGAAAGAGUUUUGGCUCUAUCUUUGGGGCUUAAACUCAAAUACUUUCCCGCUCAACACCAACACAUAUCCGAUCACCAAAGCUCUAAGAGUAGAAAUUGCCUGUGUCAUCCUCAUAUGUGCAUUUGGCCUCGUCUCCCAGCUGAGGCUGUGGAAACUCGUGAAGGAACGCCGAGAGAAGAGCGCUGCUGCAAGACUGGAACAAACCCAAAAUUUGGAGCGAGAAGAGGAAGAGCUUGGCCGGAAAAUUGAAGAUGACUUCACCAGAGAAAGGGCUCAAUGGGAGGCCACUUACGGGGAUAAAAGCCUCCAGCAAGCCUCCCUCGUGGAUUCUUCUAACAGUAGCUUUCCAAAGACGUCCACUAGCAUUCGAGAGAACCGCCACUCGGGGUCAGACAGCGUGGAGAUGGUUGACUUGUCGACACAACCAAGUGGCAUCAAAACUAGCGUCUCGAGGCCUUCCAGCAAGCAGGUUGCAGUAGGUUCAUCUGUAACCGUCACUGUACUUCAAGACGACGAGAUUCAAGAAAUCGAUGCUGAAGGAAACCCGAUCCCACUCAAGAAACGAGAUUCGAAGCGGCAUUCCGGCAUGACUGCCACACCGAACAGCGCUCGCGGUUCCGUAGAGAUUAAAUCUGCAGGGCUUGGCCUUCCCCGUACCGCCUCAACGAGAAGCUCGCUCCAAUCUUCAGUUCCACCACCUCCAGUCGUAGUGCCCCUUCCCUUCACAACACCAAAAGAAGAAGAUGAUCAGAGCCAAGACAGUGACAAUACAUCCACCUCUGCUCUUCCAGAGUCAACAACCGAACCCUUACAGAAUGUAAGGCUUUCCAAACGAUUUUCGACAACUUCGGCCCGAAAGCGGAUAUCAACCGGCAGAUACUCAGAUAAUUCUGAAUCUCGAGAAGCAUUGAUUAUUCCACACAUUGAGGAUGACCGGGCCUCUUCAGUUGCGGCUACGCUAGAUGAUGACGAUGACGAUGUAUCUUUAUCAGAGUAUUCUGGGUCCCAAUGGCCAUCAGAAUCCAAACUUGUCGAACAAACGAGCCAUCCCGCUGUUUCCGCACAAGAUGAAAUUCAAUCACCCGUCGAGGAGCAAGCUGGCCAUAGUGCAGAGCAGGUUGAAGCAAGAGAUGUAGCCACACCGAUAGGGAUCGCCAGCCGUCAGUCAUUGACUGUCAGUACUGAUCCACAGCCUGGUGCAAACCGGGUGAAACGGGAAUCUCUGAGUAGCCGUCGCCGACGUUCCGGUACCUCAAAGAAGUCGGGGUCUCCAUCUGGAAGCUCUCAAACCGAAUCUCAUGUCGGCAGCUUGAAGAAAGGAGCUCUGCCCGACAAACUGUCUAAGGUUGCGCUCUCGUAUCGAACUAAUGAGUGGGCAAAGCACUUGGACGCCGCUGAGAAACCGGACCUGGACGAACUCCCUGAGCCUGAAUCACCCGGUGUUGCAAUCGAGCAUGGCUUUAAAGAAGCCGCCGCCCCAGUCAACGCCGAAUUGGUCAAGCCUCAGCCUCAACCACAACCUAUCACUUACACGAACUCUAAGAGAGGGUCCACGGGAGGCAUUCCUCGAUCAACUUCCCAACCUAAGCUAAGGACAUUGCGGAAUACUUCCACACCCCUCCUCUCGCAGACGCUAGUCGAGUCACCCAUCGAAGAAAUGGCUGGAACGAACCCCAACCCGAUAGUGUCAUCCAUGCCGAGUAAUACGCUGAUGGGCCAACGUGAAUCACUAGUCAAGAACAGGAUUACAUCUCAGCCACUCGCUCCCUAUGCCUCAGCCCCGAAUUUGCGAAUGCGAGCAAUGAAUCAAGAGAACAUGACCCUGGCGCAACGGAAACAGCUUAUCCAGAGCCAGAAACCCCCUUCGGCGUCUCAGCCACGGAGACAAAGUGGUUGGGCUGUGGGGGGCCAGAGCCAAGCGUUUGACUCGCAUCAGCCGAAACGGGAAUCUGGAAUAGACCAAGGCCGACGUGAAGCUAUGUUAGCAAGCUGGAGAGAGUCGAUGCGACAAGACACCGCACCAAUCCAGGCUGUGGCCAUUAGUGAAGAGGCUCGUCGAGCGGCGAUGAUUAAUGACAUCAGACAAAAAGAGAUGGAGAAGCAACAGCAGACCGUGGCAGAAACAUACCGUGAUGCGAUGGUCGGCAACAUGAUGCGUAGUGGAGAGAUGAUGGACGCCCACAGGGAAGCUAUGCGGCGACUGCAAGCAAACGCGAAUCGACAGGCGUAA